ACACACACAACCCUGUAUACAUAAUCUAGACAAGGCUUGGCAGAGCUGGGGUCCGUGUGUGUGUGUGUGUGUGUGUGUGUGUGUGUGUGUGCUGGAGGUCCACUGCCCAUCCCUCCAGUGAGCCCCACACACCACAGAGCUCUGUGGACCAGCAGUUCAGCAGCAGCAUCUUUCUGCGCGGCUUCCCAAACUUUAUCCAGGAGGGCAAGAUGAAGUGGCUCAGUCUUCUCCUCUGUCUCAUCGCCUGUCAUCUCAGCGAGGCCAGAGUCAUCCCAGAGGGAGUGCCAUAUGAUGAGCCUCCAGCGGUUCCCUACUGGCCCUACUCCACCUCAGACUUCUGGCACUACAUCGAGUACUUCAGAUCCAUCGGGGCCUACAACCAGAUCAACGAGCUGGCCCGGGCCUUCUUCGCCCACCAGCACCUCGGAGACACCCUGGGAUACGAGACCAACCAGGGGCACGAACACUGAGGGGACCGGGAGGAGGGCAAGGGAGGAUGAGAGAGGACGGGACGGGGCAGGAAGGGGAGCGAGAAGUGUACAUACAUGGCUGGCAGAAAGCAGAGGGCUACAGUGACAUCCUAACAUCCUGCACACAGCAUGGGGGGAUUUUAGCAGAGA